UUGAAAUUGCGGAAGCCAACGGAACAGCCAGGGGACCACCACAAGAGACAUGUUCUCGCUGACCAUACAACGGACUGUUGGCGAUACUUUCGAUCUUCAGUGCGAGGCGAUACGUUCAAAACAUGUUUCAGCCUUCAGUUGAAUGGCGUUACGCUUGAUAAUUUCACAGAAAUCCGAGCCGUGCUAGGUCUUGUGGAUGGAAGUUUUCUACAUGUUGUGGAAGAACCUUACACAAUGAGGGAGGCUCGCAUUCAUUUGCGUCAUGUGCGUGAUUUGCUGAAGAACGGUGAUCAAGCUGAUGCUGCAUCUGCGGUUGAACUGACGCGGUCAUUUUUGCCUUCGGUGAACUUGUAA